AUGAAAUUCCAUAGCAUGGCGGAGUGGUGGAGUUUUGAUGACGGGCCACAAUUCCUUUAUACACAAGUCAUUUACCAUGAUGGAAACCACUACUUUUCAGCGAAGACUCCUGAACGUGUCACAAACCCAGAGGACAUCCCUGUCCUCGAUCAAGAACCAACCAGCUUCGAAAAAAUUCCAAACGAGCAUAUCUGGCCCUUGUACGAAAGUCAUCUCACAAUAUGUCCCAAUCCCGACAGACCUGACGUUUAUGUCAAGCAACCCCGACUCACUAGCUAUACCGGUUCGGACGAACUGGGUUUAUAUCUGGUUCAAGAAGCGCGAAUUUGCCAAACUUUGAUUGAGAAUCCUCACCAAAACCUUGCUCGUUAUCUCGGUUGCGUGGUAGAGGCCGGUCGGAUUACCGGCCUUUGUUUCGAAAGAUAUACGGAGACCCUCGCGGAACGUCUACAGAAUACGCGCUGGCGUUCGGAGAAUAACGAUAGCUUCCUGCGGCAAGUCAAGGCAGGUAUCGAUUAUCUACAUACCCUCAAUCUUGUCCAUAAUGAUAUUCAUUCAGACAAUGUGAUGUUUGCAGAUCAAAGUGAUGUGCCGGUGAUCAUUGACUUCGAUUCGUGCGCCUCGAGAGGAUGUCCACUCCCAAGCAAGCGGGGCAAAUUGCCAGAGGGAGCCCAGACCGCGGAGUUUGAGAACGAUGAUUUUGCUUUGGAGUUGCUCCGGAGGGAAAGUUAUGAGAUGAUGUGCUAG